AUAAAAUAUUCACGGGAGCCCUCUGUGAUUUUUUUCCGUACGCAAGGAAUGCUGCGUAUAUAAAUAGGGCUCUUUCCAAUUAAUUCGCUGACUAAACAAGUCGUCUCUCCGAGAUUUCGUGCUACCUAUGGCCCCUACAGCCGGCGGCAGCGCCGCCAUCUCCGUCGCCGCUAACAACAACCGCUACCAAAAUUCCGUUUCUGCUCCUUCCCUCGCUGGGAAACCUGACCAAAAACCCUUGUCUCUGCACCCUAAACCCUUAGCCACUGACAUGAUUGAUCCUUCGUCGUCAUCGUCAAUGGGUCCAGUGUGGAUCGAUGGAUCCGAAGAGGACUUGAUCCUAUCCAAGUCCGAGUAUCUGACCCGACACGAGGUGCUAAAACGCCGGGCCCGCCGGACUAAGCAACUGGUCCGUAUUUACCGGGACCACUACUGGGCGUUAAUGGAGGAGCUUAAACUCAAGUACAGAGAUUACUGCUGGGAGUACGGAAAAAGUCCUUUUCAAGAAGAUGAAGAGAACGAGAAAAUCAACUCGAAUUGCUGGGACGGAACAAGAAUAAUUCAAGAGAACUUUAAUGGGAUUGGUAGUAAGAAUGGAAAUUCUGGGGUUAACAGUGGGAAUAAUAUUGUUAAUAGGUGUGGGGUUCAUGGGUGCAAGGCGAAGGCCAUGGCAUUGACCAACUUUUGCCAUAUGCAUAUACUUUCUGACUCCAAGCAGAAGCUCUAUAAGGCUUGCAAUUUCUCCAUCAAAAGUUCGCCUACAGGACCAAUACUUUGUGGGAAACCAAUACUAAGAUCAACAAUUCCUUCUUACUGCCCUCUUCACUUUCAAAAGGCUGAAAAGCACGUGGCACGUGCUUUGAAGAAGGCAGGGCUUAAUGUCUCUUCGACAAGUAAGCUUGCUCCCAAGUUCCAUGUGGUAGUUGCUGAAUUUGUCCGCCAAAUCCAAAGCAAGAGAAGCGCACAAAAGGUGACUUUGGGAAGUGCUGAGGUUAAGCAGGAGAAUGUUUGUUAAAGCUCUAGGUAAUGCAAAUAUGUAUUUAGUACCUAUGUAUUUUUUACUGCAAGAAAGUUUGUGAACCGCAAACGGUAGAUUGGAGUAGAAAUUGUAUCAGCGUUACAUGGACUUUAGGUGGGGCAUGAAAUCCGUGGCUUGGAUGAUUGAUUCUUGUGCAUAUUAAAGGUAUCAUUCCUUGAUUUAUC